AUGAUUUUUGAGGCCUCGAACAGACCUCAGGCAACGUCAGUCUCGUCGUGCUCCGCCCGAGGUGGUAUCCGGCACGAGCCAACCGAACCCCACGUCUCGGGUCAUCAAGCACAUGUGACGCACUCCGCGAGAUCAUGUCGGCGUCGGCUGGGCCCAGUCGACCGAUGCACCCAGCGCCGUGUUCACGGCCGUCUGCUCCUCUUGUCUCAGUUGCCGGGCUCAUUCGGGCAAAUGCGAAACCGGCGAACGGGUGCCGAGGGUCUGAGUGACACGCCUCGAGGGCCGCUUGAGUGGGCCGUCGCCCCGCCCAGCAACCCAGCCCUGUAUCCGGGACUGCGCUCCUCGCUCCCCGCUCCCUGCCCUCGUCUCGUCUUCUCAACUCAUCCCAGAGGCUCUCCGUCCGGCCACAUUUUCUCGAUGCCCAGCCGUCCAUGUGGGACUUGGCGUUGUCUCAGUAGAAAUCGCGAUUUUUUCUCACCCUGCCCAACUGUCUGCGAAGUUUGCCAGUUGACCGGUCGCGGUGGCCGUGGUGAUUUGGGUCUUGGCCCCACCUUCAAUCGUUUCUGCCCACAUGUGGGAGUCAGGCCAGCAACCACUCGAGACGACCUGUUCACGGCCUCAUCCCCAUCAUUUGUUCGUACGAGAACGAUAAUAGUUCUGUAUCCACUGCCACCGCAAAGUGUGUGUGUGUGUGUGUGUGUACCCAGUUAA